CCAUGUCUCGGUGCGCAGGCCAGCGAUGCCGUAACAGACAAACAUCGCCAAUUUCAAAUUGACAAGCAUUGCCCUAUCUAGAAUUAUUCCGGAUUUUGUGUGCAAGCAAGAUGGCCUUGUCACGGAACUACACUUCCUUCCUCUUUCAACCGACGAGCUUGACGCGAAACAUUCUGCUAGAUAUGCAUCGUGAUACACCUCGAGUGGUCAUAGUUGGUGCUGGCAUUUCCGGACUUACCAUGGCUGUGAACUUGAGAAACAAGUUGCAGCAUGAUAACUUUGUGGUUUAUGAACAAGCAGGAUCCAUCGGUGGGACAUGGCGAGACAACACAUACCCUGGGUGUGGGUCCGAUGUUCCCGGGCACUGGUAUUCCCUUUCAACGGAACCCAACCCAUACUGGGAGAACUACUACAUUACGCAGCCCGAGAUACGUGCGUACUGGGAGGAAAUCUAUCAGAAAUACGACCUGGCUUCCCGCACGGUGUUCAAUACCCGCGUUGAGCUUGUCGAAUGGGACGAAAAAAACGGCGUGCAUAAUUUGACGCUAGAAGACGUAGUGUCUGGCCAGAUUAUGCAGACACAAGCGGAAGUUGUUAUCCAGGCUGUCGGCCCUUUUACAUCGUCGAUGUUUCCUCAGGAUAUUCCCGGGAGGGAAAAAUUCACAGGGCCACUCUGGUAUUCUCUUCACUGGAAGCAUGAUGUAGACCUGAAGGGCAAGGUGGUUGGCGUCAUCGGCAACGGCUGCUCUGCAACUCAGUUCAUACCGAUUAUCGCCGCCGAGCCUACUACUCGAAUCAUCAACUUUUGUCGUUCACCACAAUGGUUCGCAGAGAGGGGAAACUAUCGCUACCCAGAGUGGCUCAAGUGGGCAUUUGCUCAUGUUCCCUUUCUCAUGUCCGCAUACAGAAGUUUCAUCAUGAUUCAGUCUGAUCUUCUAUGGAACAUUUUCUUGACGAAUUCACUCGUUGGUGCAGUCGUCAAGAAGACACUAACAUUGUACAUGCAACAAACCAUGCCAGCAAAAUUCCACGAUGAUAUGAUUCCCACUUACCCUCCUGGGUGCAAACGCUUGAUCAUUGAUCCUGACUACCUGUCUGCUUUGCACCAACCCAACGUUGAUCUGGAUUGGAUUGGAAUCCAAGAAAUUGUCGAGGGCGGGGUCGUUCUCAAGACUGGUGACAAAGUACCACUGGACGCAAUUAUUUUUGCCACUGGCUUUUACCUGGUCGCACGAGACAUAGCUUUCCGCGGAACCGGUGACCUGACUCUGACGCAAUAUUUCGAAUCAGAAGGUGGAGCGACGGGCUAUUACGGAACGGUUUUCCCUGGGUUUCCAAACAUGUUCACAAUCGUGGGGCCCAAUAGUGCUUCGGCUCAUGCUUCUCUUCUUUUCACCAUCGAGACUCAGGUUAGCUAUAUUCUCAAGCUGAUCAAGCCGAUCAUCGAUGGUAAGGUGAAAUCACUUGAAGUCACUCAGAAGGCCACAGCCUCUUACAACACAUGGAUCCGAAAGCGCAUGGAGAACACGAUAUUCUUGGGCUGUUUGUCAUACUAUCGAGGUGACAGUCGGAAGGGCGUCAGAAAUGUAGCCACGUUCCCUGGUAUGAUCGCACUCUACUGGUGGAUCGUGCGAAAGCCGCGCUGGGAUGAUUUCAGGGUGGUGGGUGGAGAGCAGUGGUCUUACCAGAGAAGGAAAGUUGCUCUGAUAAAAUAUGCACUCGUGGCUUUGACGAUUUCCGGUACUAUUGGCUACAAUUCCUCUUUGCUCUGGACAUUCGUUGUCGGACUCAAAGAGAGGCUUCUUUCAGGGUGGUGAAAGAUUGUUUAGUCAAACACAUUUUUCUUCGUAGUUCGCGCUGUCAUAUGUAUGGACUUAAAUAUAUUUGCGUUGACUCGA